AUACAGAGGGGAGGGGGGCUGUACUUUAAAAGUUAAUUAACAUUAGCAAAAAAGUGUAGCUGUGCUACAUUUUUUUUCUUUAAAAGGGUCUGCUACCUAGCCAGCAAAAUUUCACCUAAAAGCAGACAACAGGAUCGUCCUGCGCUGACGCGGCUGGUCGGCAGGAAGCGGCUGGUGGCGGCGGGGGUCCUGGGGGUCGUUAUGGUACUGGUUUUGGUCAUUCUUAUCCCAGUUCUAGUCAGCUCAGCGGGGACAGCUGCACACUACGAGAUGCUCGGUACUUGUAGGAUGGUGUGUGACCCAUACGGCACCAAAUCUCCAACCAGCACUGCCACAGCCGAUACCGUGCGCGACAACAGCCUAAUGCAGUCUUUACCCACUUUUAUUCAAGGUCCGAAAGGAGAACCGGGCCGUCCGGGUAAGGUAGGGCCAAGGGGAUUGCCAGGUGAACAGGGACCACCCGGCCCAGCCGGCCCACCUGGUGAAAGAGGUGAACCCGGCAGACCCGGUUUACCGGGACCUCCGGGACCGAGCGGUGCUGCCAGUGCUAUUAGCGCGGCCACCUACAGCACCGUACCCAAGAUUGCCUUUUACGCAGGGCUGAAAAAACAGCACGAGGGUUACGAAGUACUCAAGUUUGACGACGUAGUGACCAACCUGGGAAACCACUAUGACCCGACCACCGGAAAGUUCACGUGUUCCAUCCCUGGGAUUUAUUUCUUCGCUUACCACGUCCUGAUGCGCGGAGGGGACGGCACAAGCAUGUGGGCUGAUCUGUGCAAAAACAAUCAGGUACGUGCCAGUGCAAUAGCCCAGGAUGCAGACCAGAACUACGACUAUGCCAGCAACAGUGCUGUUCUGCAUCUAGAGCCAGGAGAUGAGGUCUACAUUAAACUAGAUGGAGGAAAAGCUCACGGAGGCAACAACAACAAGUACAGCACGUUCUCUGGAUUCAUUAUCUACGCUGAUUAAACUACAAUUACUACAUUUUUGCUUUCAAUUAUUGGCCUUCUGGCUCAGCGCUUCCACAAAUUAUCCUCUUCAAAUGUUUUUUUUUUUUUGAACUUUUGUGGAGAAACCGAGAGAGAGCUGCAUAAUGUAUUUCCUAUGUUUUGCUAUUCUCAUGAUACUUGUUGAAAGUAUCUCUCGACAGGAAAAUUAAUUGCUUAACUUGUCAAAUUGAAAACAUUUGAAAACAUUUCCUGUCUGUGUACUAUCAUGUCAUAAAUGGCCUGUAAAUGGCCUGUAUAUAGCGCUUUAAUGGUCCCUAAGGACCCCAAAGCGCUUUACAUAUCCAGUCAUCCACCCAUUCACACACACAUUCACACACUGGUGAUGGCAAGCUACAUUGUAGCCACAGCCGCCCUGGGGCGCACUGACAGAGGCGAUUAUCAUAAUUAACACUGACAUGUUUUUCCAAUAGUAGAACUUGUGGGGUUGGAGGUUUGAAGACAAUUCUGUCAUGAAUCUGACAUCAUCACAGGCAGCAUGUCAACAAAUCCAGCAAACAUUUAAAUAAACAAAGAAAAUCUAAGUAAAUGUGGAAAAGAGGAAAUCAAAUAUAAACAUGACAUUAAGAGAGUUGUUUGUGAAAACAACAACUAAGGCCAGUUAAGUCUGCUGAUGCAAAAUGUUUUGAUUGUUUGUUUUUUUUGGUUGUACAAGUUGGAACCAUUUAAUUGUUUAUAUCUUAAAAAUAAAAGCAAUUUAAUAGAAAAAUGAAAUGGUAUAGACAGCACAAUCGGAAAAAAUAUGAAUGCAAAUGUUUUUGUUCCAUAUACAGAAGAAUAGUAGUUUGUGUUUCACUCUUAGUCACCUUAAAACUCAUGUCUGUCAUGUUAUUUCCCAUUUUUGGACCCAGUAUAAUGUAACACUCAGUUAAAUAUAUACUAUCUGAUAUACCUGGUGAUGUUUUAGAGCAUUAUAUUUGGAGUUGGAGGAAAUGUUGAUGUAUAAAUGUAGGAUUGCAUUUACAGGGAGACUUUUGACUCAAAUCUUCAUGUCAUGUCCCAGUCUCUCCAGUGUAAUGAGGAGGUCAGUUUGAUGUUUCUGCAUCUAGCAUAGAUCAGUUCUGUCCUUACAGUCUAUACACAAGCUAAAAGCCAGUGGAAAUUAUUUUUUCAUUUUUUGUAACUUUAACAGCAGUUUGUAUGGCUGCUGUUGCUUGUCUGGUGUAGGUGCAGUGACUAUGCACAAACUCUGAAAGGUUUUGCAGUUUCUGAACAGUUUUAACAGUGUACAACUGAUUAAUCUACAAAUGAAGAUGAUCCAGACAGCGCAGGCAAAUGUUCACAAUUAUAUGUUCAUGCAUUUUGUCUUUUUCAAAGAGAUGCUGGUACUGAUCAGUCAAAUGACAGAUGGUAAAAUGUUAUAGAAAGUGCUGGUCAUACAUGAUCUCAAUAGACUAUAUUUCACAGUAUAAGUCAUUUUAAAAAGUAUGUAGACUACAACAUAUUUUAAUGGGUUGUUGGCUGACAUAUGGACUUGUGUUUGUACCAGCAGAAAUAAUUGCUUGACAACCGUAAUCUUAUCAAAGAAUUUUAUUAAAAACUGGCGAUAUUAGAGGUUCUUUACAUUGAAUAACAUUAUAAUUAAAGGCGUAAUCAUGACUGAGUCCCUUGAAUAUGUAUACAAUCGUUUUGUAAAUUGCUUCAAUAUCCUUUCACACUACAUUACUGGCAUGAUAGCUUUAAUGAAACUAUGGAGUAGACCUACUCACCAAGGAAGCCUAAUUCACACAGAAAGCUUUGCUCUGCAUAUGCUUAAGGGGACCUAGAAUAAUUGUUAUUCUGUGUAUCAAUUUCUUUUUCUUUUUUGGGGGGGGGGGGGGUUGUGCAUCAAGUUAUUUUAAAACACAGUGAAAGUAAAUGAAAAAAAAUCAAAAACUGCAGGUUUGCAGGUAAAUGUAUGCUGGCAUACUUGACCCAUCAAUGUUCAGCCUGCAAGCAGGGAGUUUUCGGGUGGUUGCAAAUCUCCCUGGAACUUCUUCUAUUGGCUUUAGAGGAAACGUGGGGUGCCCUGGUAGCCAUGUUUGCCAAGUCUUAGUCAGUUCUCAUUCCCAGGGUGUCAGGCAGCUGUGAUACAACUGCACCUGUGAAGGACCCUUUUGCAUUACAUUUCAUUAAAGAGAGAAUUUGGAAGAAAAGAUUAAAAAUGAAAAACUGUGACUGGUCAAUCCAGAGUCUAAUUUUUUUUUUUUUAUGAACUGCCCUGAGAUGAGGUGGAACUGUAAAGGAAGAAGAUGCAUGGUACGUUAUCUAAAAGGCGGCAUAAACAGAUCAAAAUGAAAUUCAGAAACAGUGAAUAAGGAGUUGCUAAAGACAAACAAACAUGUAAUUUGGAGAUGUCGGCAAUCUAACAAAACAGUAUCUGACACCCUGGAAUAGAAAUGCAUUGGUGCUUGUUGUAUCAUAACCUCACCAAAGCUGCAUCUUUCUCAAUCAAAUUAAGAUUUUCUGGUCUCCCAACUAAUAUCAUAGCCAUAAGUGCUGAACACAACUUAUCAUGGCCUAUUUUAUAACAAAACCUUUGUAUUUAUAUAGCAUGUAAACAAGUGUCAUACAUACCUACAAAUAUUAAUAUGGUGUUAUCAGCAUCAGUGGUAUCCAAGUAUUUAAAAACUGUCAUUUCCUGUGCCUUUGUCCAAGAUCACGUUUCUUUCUAGUGCAGUUUUUACAGUCCCUGAAGUUAGUACAAAUGUGAGUGCAUACUGCUCAUAUGGUAUAUUUGAACUGCAAUGUGAACUGGAACUACUAUGCAGACAUAAAAAAUGACAAAAAUACGGUGUCAUGCAAGGACUGUCUGAAAAUGUUGCUCAUACUGGAAUCUUCUGUAAAUGCUGUAUUGAUAUAAUAUGUUCUUUGUUUUCUGGAAGAGUGUAGAUGAAAUGAGAUGCUCAGUUAAUCCUCUUAUUAAUUCAAUAAUUACUGAUUGUAAAGUAAUAGCCUGACCAUUGUAUUGGUGUGAAAGGCAUAUGUGUGGUAGAUAAAGUGUGUGCAAUAUUAUGAAAAGUUUGCACACUCCUCCUGUCUUACAGCAGCCCCCUGUGUAGUAUUACUUCAAAAAUAUCUCAAUAAAAUGGAUAGAAAUAA